CUGUCACGCAAUAGAAAGGCUGAAACUGCUACGUCUGCUCCCUGCCGCCGCUCCCACUCUUCCUUUCCCUGAUCCGAUCGAAACAGAGAGAAACGCUAGGGUUAGGGGUUUCGGUUCCGAAGAGGGUGAUCGCGGCGGUCGGCAAGGUUGAUUAGUUGUUUUGGUUUGAAUUUGACUGGCAAAGAUGUUCGGAAGGGCCCCGAAGAAGAGCGACAACACGAGGUAUUAUGAGAUCCUUGGCGUGUCGAAAAACGCGUCUCAGGAUGAUCUCAAGAAGGCGUAUCGGAAGGCUGCCAUCAAGAAUCAUCCCGAUAAGGGAGGAGAUCCAGAGAAAUUUAAGGAGCUAGCCCAAGCCUAUGAAGUUUUGAGCGAUCCAGAGAAGAGGGAUAUAUAUGAUCAGUAUGGUGAAGAUGCACUCAAGGAAGGAAUGGGUGGAGGUGGUGCUGGCCAUGAUCCAUUUGACAUCUUCCAGUCUUUCUUUGGUGGAAACCCGUUUGGAGGUGGUGGGAGUAGCCGAGGUCGCAGACAGAGGAGGGGAGAGGAUGUUGUUCACCCACUGAAAGUCACCUUGGAAGAUCUGUACAAUGGUACUUCGAAGAAACUCUCUCUUUCUCGGAACGUUCUUUGCUCCAAAUGCAAAGGGAAGGGAUCGAAAUCCGGUGCUUCAAUGAAGUGUUCUGGUUGUCAGGGUACAGGUAUGAAGGUCUCAAUUCGCCAUUUGGGUCCCUCCAUGAUUCAACAAAUGCAACACCCUUGCAAUGAGUGCAAAGGAACUGGUGAGACCAUCAAUGAGAAAGACCGCUGCCCACAGUGCAAGGGGGAGAAGGUUGUCCAGGAAAAGAAGGUUCUUGAUGUUGUAGUUGAGAAGGGGAUGCAGAAUGCGCAGAAAAUCACCUUCCCUGGUGAGGCUGAUGAGGCGCCUGAUUGUAUCACCGGUGACAUCGUGUUUGUCCUGCAACAAAAGGACCACUCCAAGUUCAAAAGAAAGGGCGACGAUCUCUUUGUUGAGCACACACUCUCCCUAACGGAAGCACUUUGUGGUUUCCAGUUCAUAUUAACCCAUCUCGAUGGCAGGCAGCUUCUUAUCAAAUCAAACCCUGGAGAAGUUGUCAAGCCUGAUCAAUUCAAGGCAAUCAAUGACGAGGGCAUGCCCUUGUAUCAGAGGCCAUUCAUGAGAGGCAAGCUUUACAUCCACUUCACCGUCGAAUUCCCUGACUCGCUGAAUCCUGAUCAGUGCAAAGCUCUCGAGGCAAUUCUUCCUGCAAGGACUCGAUCUCAGCUUACAGACAUGGAGCUUGAUGAGUGCGAAGAGACGACCUUGUAUGAUGUCAACAUUGAGGAGGAGAUGAGGAGGAAGCAGCAAACUCAAGCUCAGGAGGCUUAUGAUGAGGAUGAAGACAUGCAUGGUGGUGCUCAAAGAGUUCAGUGUGCUCAGCAGUAAGGGAAGAGAAAUCCAUUUUUAUGAUACUCUUUAUCUUGAAAUUACCCUAUAAUAGUAGGCUUUGCUUUGCCAGCCCUGUUGAAUCGUAUUAAGCAUAUGGUUGGUUCUCUAUUAUCUGAUAUAUGACAUGAUUUUAUUAUAUAAACUAAAGUAUUUGCGUGUUCUAGCUGACUGGUCAUAUGAAGAAGCACUGAGCUUUUCAAGAAAA